AUGCCGACAGCGACCGCAGCUGCGCCCGCAGACGGCGCCGAGGACGGGUCAGCGGGCGAGACCUCCGCCGUACCGAAUGCUGAGAGUGGACCGCUUGCAGCGCCAGUGGUGGAAGCUGGGGCACCAGAGGCUUUGAGGGAGCCCACCAGUGCGACAGGCUCGCCUGUGGCCCCGGUCGUCUUUGGCGAGGAGCCAUGGCGAGCUCCCUUGGUGGCGGCCUUAGAGAAGGCGCAGCGGGAUGGCAGCGUGGCGUUCCAGUCCGCCAGGUCGGCCGUGGCCAGCUUGGAUCCAGAAUUUAAGGCGCUGACCCUGCACCAGGUGCGUUGCCUGCGCGAUGAGGUGGUGAAGGUGGAAAAGGUGGAAACCUUGCGCAUGGCUGUCUCCAUGAUCAAGGAGGUGAAAGUCAUGAUCUCGGACUUGCAGAGUGUCAGCGUGCAGGCCGCAGACGCUGAGCCCGACGCCGACGCUCCGAUGCCCGACCGAAGCGCCGCCGAUGCGCCGGUCGCGGCGCCCGACGCAGCCGAGACGGCGGGCGAAACGCCGGUGGUGCCAGUGCCAAGUACGACAGUGGUGGUGGUGAAGGCCACCAUCAGCCCGGAGGAGCGACAACAGAAGGAGCUCCAGUGGCGACGGCACCUGGGCCGCGCCUUCCGCGAGCUGAAGCGCUCGGAGCACGUCCGCGCGGCGUUGGAGGUGGCAGCGCCCGGCGUCCUGGAGAAGACCGUGGCCGCGGAGGCCAAAGUGGACGUUGAGAAGGAUCCCACCAUCGAAGAAGAGGAGGACAGCGACUUGUUGUCACUGGGUUUGGGCCCGGAACACGUGAAGCGCCUCCACGACGAGCUGGUGCGACUGCUGGAGCUGGCGGAGAAAGGCGCUGCGAAGCCCCGUGCCAUGGUGCGGGCGAUGCAGAUGCUCUACUUGGCCGACUCAGCUAGCGAGGCCAUCGCUUCGCUGAAGCCCGAGACUGCGGACGAGGAAGCACUGCAGCAGCUCUCCGAACGUACAGAGGAGUUUGCUCCGGCGCUGGAAGCCAUGCGCUCGUUGGCCGUGGACCGAGACGUUUUCUCGCACCUGGCAGAUGAGUGGGUGGAAGAGCAUGGCGAGGUCCAUCACUCCGAAAGCGAGGCCUCAGAUCUCAACAAGGAACUGGGGAAGAAGGAACCGGCGCCAGUCGUGCUGCCUAGUGGUUGGCGCAUGGAGUGGGUGAAGAGAAAAAAGAAGGAGAUGCGCGAGUUUGUGGACCACGAGGGGAAUCGCUAUCGAAGCGUCCGGGAGGUGCGCGCCGCUCUGUUGGAGUACGAGGCGCGGCAGGCCGCCCUCCAAGCAGCCCAGAAGGCCGCAGCGGAGGCAGCGGCCGCGGCGGCAGCGGCAGAGGUGGCGCCCAAGAGGCGCCGCCUACGUGGGAAGUGCUCAUCUGCAGCUUACGGUCUUCCAGGCGCGGCUGGCGUCGCGCAGAGCAUGGCCGCAGCGGCGCCGGCUCGCGUGGCCGCAGCGCCGGAGGAGGACUUCGCCGAGGAGCUCAUGAAAGCUCUUGGCCUCCCACCGGACACUCCAUCCAAGUCUUCCACGGCGCCACCAGCACCGUCUUCUUCCGCCACGGCCGGAUCAAAGACACCGCGCACGGGGUGCAAGGUGCGCAUCCUCACCGAGCAGCCCGAGCUCCAAGGGAAGCUCGCCCGCCUCGGCGACCUGCAAGCGUCCAGCUGGGAAUGCUUCCUGGAGAGUGGUGGAAAGGUCCUUUGCAAAGCCGAGAGCUUUGAGAUCCUUGAGGAGCCCAAUGUCGCCAAGCGCAAGGCUCCCGACCCGCCGAACGCGCCCGUGCGGCGCGGCCGGCGGCCGGGCCGCGGUCGAGGGCAGGCUCCGCCAGCUCAGUUGGACGAGUCUGACUGA